AUGAUUAUCUCAGGGCCUACGGUCUCGAGAGCGCUUUGUAAGCGGCCGAGGCCGCUGCAUUUGCGGCAGGUGCUUGGGGGGUUUGUGGCGAACCUGAAGUCGGCGACGAGGCCAUACGCUGGUACUGCUGUAGCCUCGUCCCUCCGUAGGAGUCACCGUGAUGUCGCGGCAUCUUCUACUUCGACGCACCUCGGAUUAUACACAAGACUGACACCAGGGAAGCCUGGGUUACAAUCCCGAUGGCAGGAACGCGCCUACGCGACCGCGGGACCGAAGAUAAUCACGAAAUUCGAGGAGUUGCCACGGACAUACACGGAUCUGGACGGACUGGCAUACUAUGCGCGUCCGCUCGCGAAGAAAGAGGUCGCUGCACUAUUUGGACGGGAAGUCGACCCGGUUAUCGCGGACAAGGUGCUUAGAGUUCUACAGGGCCGACGUGUGGCGGGGACGCUCGCGGACCCGUCGCUGCCGCGCCCGCACCCGCAGAUGGAUAAGGUGAUGAAGGUCACGGCGCUGAAGUGGCUGAGGAGGAAUAUUGUUGUUAAUGAGCGGCAGAGCGCGGGGAGGAGGGCGGAGACUGAAUUGGCUGCUAUGGGGGAGGAUGUGUCUGCACCGGGAGAGGGCGGCAAGGGAUACAACCCACAGAGCAAGAAUACCCCGACCAACAAGAGCGUGCUCGACGCCGUGCGAGAGGCUAAGAAGAAGGAAUGGGAAGAGAAGAUCGCGAAGAGGGAUGCACUGCGGGCGAAGCAGAUGGCAGAGAUGGGCGAGAAGUCGGGGGGACUGGUGACACACGACGACCGCGGGGUUGAGCUCAGGCGGCCGGGAGAGAACGAGUUACUCAAACACUACACCGCGCUCGCUUCCAAGGUCGUCCCGGAUGCACCGCCGGACUACACGACGUUCCAGCGCUUGUGGCCGUCUGCGCUCGUCACCCUGGCUGUUAUCGCUGGGUGCGUCGUCUACUCUGGCUCGUACGUGCCCCCGGCGGCAGCAGAUAGGAUGUUCAAGGAUGUACCCCCCUCCGUCGUGACUAUUGGGUCGAUUAUAGCUUUCAACGCCUUCAUACUCCUCGCGUGGCAUCACCCACCGGCAUGGCGGGUGCUGAAUAAGUACUUCCUCUCUGUCCCGGGGUACCCGCGGGCGCUGGCGGUGCUGGGCAACGCAUUCAGCCACCAGAGCUUCAAACAUCUAGCCAUUAACAUGAUGAUGAUUUUCGUCAUGGGCACGCAGCUGCACGACAUGAUCGGACGCGGCAACUUCCUCGCUCUGUACUUCGGGUCGGCGGUGACCGGCUCCUUUGCCUCGCUGGUAUUCCACGUCAUGACGAAGCGCUUCCACGUCUCCAGUCUGGGCGCUAGUGGCGCGCUGAACGGAGUCGUCGCCGCGACGCUGUACCUGAAUUGGGGGAAUUCGAUGAGGCUCUUUGGAAUCUUGCCGCCGGAGCCGUAUUCAGGGCCCACGGGUGCAUGGUGGCUCGCGGCUUGGAUCGCGUAUGAGGUGUGGUCGUUGAAGCGGAAUAAGUUCCAACCGAGUCAGUAUGAUCAUCUGGCGCAUUUGGGAGGGGCGUUUGGGGGGUUGGCGGCGGUGGAGGCUAUUAAGUUGAGGGUGAGGUAUAGAGAGGUUCAGAGGAGGCGGUUGGUAGGGAGCACGAGGGGAGGUCCGGCGAAGGGAUGGUAG